CCACCACCAUAAUUCUCGGUUUAAGAAAAACCAAAACACACAAACAGAGAAGAAAACAUUUUGAAAAAUAAAAUCAUCCAGAGAAGCUUCUAAAAAUGGUGGCCGUAUCAGAGAAUCAGAAAACGAAGAACAACAACACUCUCAAGUUCCUCUGUAGUUACAGCGGCAGAAUCCUCCCUCGUUCUAUCGACGGAAAGCUCCGUUACGUCGGCGGUUUCACCAGAGUACUCUCCGUUCAUCACUCCAUCUCUUUCAGAGAGCUGAUGGUGAAAUUGGAGGAGUUUUGUGGAUACGCCGUCGAAUUGAAAUGUCAAUUACCAAACGGAGAUCUCGAGACGCUAAUCUCAAUCAGAUCAGACGAAGAUCUUCUCAAUAUCGUUGAAGUAUACGAUCGUGUACACGGAGGCAAGAUCCGUGCGAUUUUAUCGCCUCCUAAACCGAUGUCUUCGCCACGAUCUAGCGGAGAUAUGUCACCGAAAUCGCCGUUAUUCUCCGUCGUGGCUUCUCCUUCGCCGCCGCGGUACUGUUUAGCGUCUCCUCCGGCGGAGACUCUUCUUCUCAGUAGGUUUCGUAUGAGAACAGCUGAUGAAUAUUCUCGUUGCUGUAACUGCCGUGUUCACAACAGAGACUCUAAACUCAUAUGGCAAUAACAUCGUUGACGGAGAAAAAUCAAAUAAUGCCUUAGAAAUAAAAAAAAAUAAUUGUAGAAAAUAAAAAGGUUGAUGGUGUGUGUUGUUGUUUUAUGAAGAAUUAUGAAAGUUAGUGAGAAUUUUGCGGUGAACAAAAACGGAGAAGAUGACGGUGAUUUUUUUUAUUCCGGCCGGUUAUGAACCGUUUAACUUUGCCGUUAAGAUAUGUGGGGGAAAACGUACGACGUCAGUUUAUUUUUUUUUUAAUUGAAUACGUGGUACUAUACGACCGUUCCAGACGUGAAACGUGUCGUAGUCAGAUGCGUGUAUACGUGUGUAUUUGUGUGGAUCAGUGGAUGUGUUUUCUCACA